AUGUCAUUACUGAACUUCUGGGAUACGCAGCGUCCUGCGAAACGCCGACGGGCUUCUGAGAAGGGGAACACUAGUGAUACAGAUGCAGAGAUUAAACCACCGCCGAGUCCGAGCCCGAGUCCUUCGGUUACAGUGGCUGAGAUGCCCGCUGCAGACGAUUUAGAGCAUAUCCCGAAUAGCCAAACAGAUCUAGAGACUUCUCUACCUCUGAUCAAGACCGACGAAGACGCGAUUGAGGAGUACGAGGCUUCGCAGCAUGAUUCUGAGUUGGGAUUACAUGUGAGGCUACGAGAUGGAGUUUGGCAGAAAGGCAAAAGCUCUAUCUACGUGGAUGCGUUCAACCUGGCACUGGAAACUGUGCUGGAUGAGGAAUCGCAUCUAUUUAACGAGGCCGAAAUGGAAAUAUUUGCCCAGUGGCGAAAGCUGUCUUACGAAUCCCAGUAUCUAUAUGUUCGACUGUUCCUCCGCAAGACCUCCGCCUGGCACCGUAUCAACCGACUGAACUACUACUCCGAUAUCUCCGAUUUGUUCUCAGUUGCCAAGGACUUACAGCAGAGCCGGAGCCUGCCUGGUUCAGAACUGGGAGAUACGUUCAGAUUUGCAGAGGGAAUAGAAAAUAUCACAACGCUGGAGGAGGCGUCAUCACUUCUAUUACUAGAAGAACUCAAAGUCUUUGCAAAGGAGGCCAAGGUUCAAGGCAAGAGUAAGAAAGAGCUGCUGGCAGCUCUACGCGAGGCAAGCCAGACCCAAACAGGACUCAAGGAUGCGAACAACAGAGACAGUUAUUUCACACAGAAGAUCUUAGACUACACAGGUGGAUGCAUCAGGAUCUCACCAAUACCCCGUGCUCUCUUCGAACGAGUGCAUCUGGUCUUCUAUCGCUCGACAGAGUGGACCGAAAAGUCUCUUACAACAAUUAUCCUAGCCAAGAUGUCUAAAAGAAACUUCCCGGAGUAUAUUGUCUGUCGCUCGAAUUCCAUCUUCUCAUCUAGAGAAGCACUAUUGGAAUUCGAAUCAGCCAUACAAACCCAAUUCGCCAUCGAUAACAUUCUGGAAUUCAACGGCCCAAUCACAACCGAGUCCCUUCAGCAGAUCCUCGAUCUUGCCAAUAAAUCCCAUCCACGAUGGAAAGAGCUAGUCGAGCAGGAGCAGAGGAAAGAAGACAGCAUCUAUGAAAGCGGAGAGGGCGCUUAUCUACGUCGGUUCUCGCCCGCGUGGGUGCUUACAAGAAUCAUCCACAAGAGCCUCCACCCGCUAGGUCGGUUCAAGGAGCAUAAACGGGAACACGAGGUGCUAGAAGAGCUUCUCGGCCAGCGUCUCUUCCACGCUGCCCGGCGCGGGGCUUGGUAUCAGCGCAAGGCGUUGUUGGAGGAACACUAUAUGUGGGCACUUACACCUGCUGAGGGUCGCAGCGAAGAGGUUCAACGCAAACAUUGGAAGAGAGUUGCGCUGCGAACAUGUGAGAAUGGGCUGGAAGAUCCGUUGUGUCAUUUGAUCUUCCAUUAUGACCUACAGAAGCGGAUUACGAAGCUAGAAAAGGCGCUCAGAGUGGUGAAACGGGAACAGCAUGAUUUCGGACAUGUUAUGCUCGGAAAACCGGCUGAGCGGACGAUCGAAGGUAUCCGUAUUGAUACGGGGGACUCGCCUCGGAAAGGAAAAGCGACUAUCUGGGUUGAUGAGAGGGAAGGCGGCGAGUGUAGGGUGGAGAGCAUGUGUCUGAGCUGGUACCGCGAUCAGGGUUGGAAGGGGUACCACUCUGAGAGUGGGAUUGUGCGGACAUUAUUUGGCUACCUCUUCUACGAUAUCUUAUUCACCUAUGUGCCCAAUGUCUUCCAGACUGCCUUCCAGACGUGUCCGCUCGAUCUCCACACCGAUGUUUUCUACCCUUCUCGCGCAUCGGAGAUCAAUCAUCGGCUAGUGGAGAUCACCAACGGUGAAGCGGAGAGGAUUGUCCGUGAGAUCCAUGCGCGUGAGGGAGAGGCCCAGCCCUGCGCUGUUGGGCUUGACUGGUCUUUCGAUCUAGAUGACUUGAUUGAGAUCGUGCAGUGUUUCCGAGGUGAAGCGCUUGCUACUAUUUGCAAGGUCAUGGCGCAGGAAUAUCAGCAGCGCGGUGGGGGCAUCCCAGACUUGUUCCUUUGGAAUUACGGAACGAGGACGGUGAUGUUUGCCGAAGUUAAGUCCGAGAAUGAUCGUCUGAGUGAUACUCAGCGCCUUUGGAUCCAUAUCUUAUUGGCGGCUGGGGUUAAAGUUGAGCUUUGUAAUGCUGUUGCGAGGGAGGUUAAAACCGAGGCUGAAGUAAAGUGUGAGUGA